CUGGCUGCACUGCAGGAAUGCGGAUAUGAUGAAAAUGUUUUAGACGCAGCUAUCCUCAGUAAACUACCGCCACUGAGCGUCGAGGGCGUCGCGAGGAUUAUUAUUUUUGCACGUCAACAACAUCUGGACAGAGCAGAGACUGGGUUCCGCUGCCAGCUGAAACUUGCGGAAAAGUUUUUGGACGCGAAGCUACUCUUUCACCCCACUCGCCUUUCUCUUCCUAACGUCUCGGGAAACGAGUUGGAGGAAGGAAGGAUGGGAAUAAAUCAAAUCUGAAGCGAGGGAGUUGUCAUGUUUGAAAGCCUGUGCUGAUGAUGAGGCGUUGGUUUUCACAGCACUGAAGGCUAAGGACAGGGAGGAACUUCUGCUGUUUUGUUUCCCCAAAAAGACGACUGUCUCAUGUCCAAGGAGACUGUCCUCCAUCCGGAUGGGCUGGCAGAGCCGGGAAAGGGCCCUGGGCAGGAGACAAGUCCCCUGCUGUCAGCCGCACACGAUGCUCGUGACAAUGAAUCAUCGGGGAGAACAUCAUCUCCCAGGAAACCAGCCUCCGAAGGACCCAAUCACGUGACCGAGAAGAAGCCUAAUUAUUGCGAGCCCGUAAGAACUCAACCUCAGUCUGAGUCUAAGCCAGUGCCCACGGAGGCUGCUGAUGGAGAUGCUGUCAAGGAUCAAAAUGGCUUUCACCAUAUAAUUUCACCAAGUAACGGCACCGGAAUCCGCCCCAGCGCCGGCGGCUCCCAGGCCACACGGAUGUGCACCUGCGGUGCGACCAUCAGCACGAGCGCCACGGACGGGUCACGCCCUGGCGCGAGGGCGGCGACGGCUACACCGAUGACGGAGCAGCCCAGGAAGCAGCCGCCCACGCCUGUGUCGCAGAGGAUGCAGAGAAAACUGCGGUCCAGCCUAUCGGUGAACAGCGACAGCAGCCGACGCAGCAAAGGCAGUUCGACGGGGUCGCAGAAACCUCCUUUACCUGAAGACUGCUGCGUUCACUGCAUCUUGGCCUGCCUUUUCUGUGAGUUCCUGACGCUUUGCAACAUGGUGGUGGCCCAGGCCUCGUGCGGCGCAUGCACAUCAGAGGCUUGCUGCUGCUGCUGCUGCACCGAUGAUCUGGGUGAUGACUGCAACUGCCCCUGUGACAUGGACUGUGGCAUAAUGGACGCUUGCUGCGAAUCCUCAGAUUGUCUGGAAAUCUGUAUGGAGUGCUGCGGCAUCUGCUUCCCCACAUAAAGGGACACUGGUGUUGGCAUGGACCGGGGCGAUGAGUAGACCCUGAAUGAAAAUAUCAGAAGGAAACCGCUGCUGCUGUCACUUUGAAUUCAGCAAAAAAUAGAGAGGAAAGUGUGUAUGAUGGUUGACGUAUGUGUAUGUGGAGGUUCUUUUUUUUUGUGUGUGUCUUGACUUUUCAGUAUGUGCAAACUAGCCUGGUUUGUAAAGCACGGUUUGAAAGAUGGAUUUUGACACUGGGCUUCUCCAUCAAAAGCAGCUCAGAGAGGGAGCUGGAAGUAACUCCAGAUAUAUGAACUUGUCAGUUAAAUCAAUGUAUUGUAAGUAUUCUAUUUGCUGCUGAAAAGCACCAUAGUAGAGAUUAUAUUGUUACAUCAGGAAUGCUGUCUAAUUGUAUCUCAUCUUGCCUCUAUUUAGUCAUUUUGGUGACCAACAUGUUACAUAUGCAAAAUAACAUUUACUCUGUUUUCAUUUUCAUUACUUUUUUUUUUUUUUUUGUUAUCAAAAACUUGGGUUUGCAGUCUUUAUAACACUGUAAAAGCUUUAUGUGAUGGUUCAUACAUUCUGUAGUUUUGCAAGACAAGCUUUUAUUUAUACAUACACUAUACUGCCAAAAGUAUUCACUCACCCAUCCAAAUAAUUGAUUUCAGGUGUUCCAAUCACUUCCAUGGCCACAGGUGAAUAAAAUCAAGCACCUAG